AGGCCCUCGCGCGCCGCCCCGCUCCUCCGCCGGGUCGUCUGUGGGUGAGUCUCGAGCCAGGAGGCUCUGAGGCAGUGGCGAUUGGCUGACGCGGUGGCUGCGCACUCGGCCUGAGAAACUCGGCGAGCGCGCAGUGUCGACUCCCUCGGGCUAUGCCAGGCUCGUCUCAGCUAAUCCAAAAGUAAAUGAGAAACUUAGAAAAAGAUUGCCAACUCCAAAUCAACAUAUUUAGAGAAAAUUGGAAAAGGAGAAGCCUACUACAGCUUUAUUUGAGGACUUUUUAAAGAACGCAGGGUUCUAUCUGUGAGCUGCAAAUCUUGGAGCAAAAACCAGAGACAUUGCCAGAGCAAACAAGAACAGAAAUACAAAUGGAGAACUGGUCAAAAGACAUAACCCACAGUUAUCUUGAACAAGAAACUACAGGAAUAAAUAAAAGUACGCAGCCAGAUGAGCAACUGACUAUGAAUUCUGAGAAAAGUAUGCAUCGGAAAUCCACUGAAUUAGUUAAUGAAAUAACAUGUGAGAACACAGAAUGGCCAGGGCAGAGAUCAACGAAUUUUCAGAUCAUCAGUUCUUAUCCAGAUGAUGAGUCUGUUUACUGCAGUACUGAAAAAUACAACAUUAUGGAACACAGACAUAAUGAUAUGCAUUAUGAAUGUAUGACUCCUUGUCAAGUUACUUCAGACUCAGAUAAAGAGAAGACAAUAGCAUUUCUUCUAAAAGAAUUGGAUAUUCUCAGAACAAGCAAUAAAAAGCUUCAGCAGAAAUUGGCUAAAGAAGAUAAAGAACAGAGAAAACUAAAGUUUAAGCUGGAACUCCAAGAGAAAGAAACAGAAGCUAAAAUUGCUGAAAAGACAGCAGCUCUGGUUGAAGAAGUGUAUUUUGCGCAGAAGGAACGUGAUGAAGCUGUUAUGUCUAGACUGCAAUUAGCCAUUGAGGAGAGAGAUGAAGCAAUUGCACGAGCCAAGCAUAUGGAAAUGUCUCUAAAAGUGCUAGAAAAUAUUAACCCUGAAGAAAAUGACAUGACAUUACAGGAAUUACUGAACAGAAUAAACAAUGCAGACACAGGGAUAGCUAUUCAGAAGAAUGGAGCUAUAAUUGUGGAUAGAAUCUACAAGACCAAGGAAUGUAAAAUGAGAAUAACUGCAGAAGAAAUGAGUGCACUAAUAGAAGAACGGGAUGCUGCCUUGUCUAAGUGCAAAUGGUUAGAGCAGGAGCUUCAUCAUCUGAAAGAGCAGAACCAGACUUCAGCAAACAACAUGAGACAUCUGACUGCUGAAAACAAUCAAGAACGUGCUCUGAAGGCAAAGUUGUUAUCUAUGCAACAAGCCAGAGAAACUGCAGUUCAACAGUACAAAAAACUGGAAGAGGAAAUCCAGACCCUUCGAGUUUACUACAGUUUACACAAAUCUUUAUCUCAAGAAGAAAAUCUGAAGGAUCAGUUUAACUCUACCCUUAGUACAUAUGAAGAAGCUUUAAAAAACAGAGAGAACAUUGUUUCCAUCACUCAACAACAAAAUGAGGAACUGGCUACUCAACUGCAACAAGCUCUGACAGAGCGAGCAAAUACGGAAUUACAACUUCAGCAUGCCAUAGAGGCCUCCCAAGUGGCCAAUGAAAAAGUUCAAAAACGGAGUCUCGCUCUGUCACCCAGGCUGAAAUGCAAUGGCAAGAUCUCGGCUCACUGCAACCUCCACCUCCCAGGUUCAAGUGAUUCUCCUGCCUCAGCCUUCAGAGUAGCUGGGAUUACAGACACCCGCCACCACACCUGGCUAAUUUUUGUAUUUUUAGUAGAGACGAGGUUUCACCAUGUUGGCCUGGCUGGUCUUGAACUCCUGACCUCAGGUGAUCCACCCACCUCGGUCUCCCAAAGUGCUGGGAUUAUAGGUGUGAGUCACUGCGCCCAGCCACAUUUUACUUUUAAAAUAAAACAAUAGAGCCUGUAUUUUCUAGAAUAUUUUCACAAAUAGCACAUUGUGGGUGUUUUGGCCUUUAUGCCAGUAUAUGAAAAACUAAAUUGAAUAUUAUUAUUCCAAUUUGUUCUCUCUUUAACUUCAUUUUUUAAGAAGCAGCUACAUAAUAGGUAAUGUGAGUCGUGUGAUCAAAUGAACACAAUUUAUAGAUCUCGUGAAGAGAAUCCUGAGGUGAAUUUACAGAUUUAUUUUUAUGCUCCUCAUUAAUUUGUAUUUCAACAUCCAUAUACUUUCUGCUUGCUUUACUUCUUCAAUGGCCUAUUAGGGAUGGAAAUUAAACAAAUUACAACUACCAAAGAAAAAAAUUGUGCUCUAAAACAACAUGUUGGCCAGUUCUGUUCAGCUGAAUGAUAAACAACUCAGUCAGCUGAUUGAGUCAUGAACUGCUCUGCGGAUCUCUUCCAGUACUCCACUUUGCUCAUUUGUAGACUCUCAGAAGUCCUCAAACUAUUCCAUUUUAAAAAGUAAAAAAAGUUUAAUAAAAAUUUUAUUCUUAGUUGCUUGAACCCGGAAGGCAGAGGUUGGAGUGAGCCGAGAUCAUGCCACUGCAUUCCAGCCUGGGCGACAGAUCAAGACUUUAUCUGAAGAAAAAAAAAAAAAAAAAUAUAUAUAUAUAUAUAUAUAUAUAUAUUCUUUGGCUUCAAAAAUAAAACAGAACAGAGAACAUUACCACCUUUGGCUACAUGAUCUUUACAUUUUUAAAUUAGAAAACUUUACAUGAUGCUUUAGAGAAUUUCAUUGUGUAGUUUUUGGUCAACCCUUUUACUCUCAUCAAUUUAACACAUUUUAUUGUUUAAAAGUAUUUAUUUUAAAAUACUAAAAAACAUAUUUUUAAAUAUUUUUAUUAUUUAUUAACAAAACACACCACAAAUACAUGCAGAAGUCAAAUUAUCUGAGUUAGCUAAAUUCAGAUACAUUAUUGAAAGGACUUGUUUGCUAGAAAAAAUAUGUGUUACAUCAUAUUAAUAUUAAAUGUUACUUUAUGUGCCUUCAAAUAAGAAAACAUUUUCCCAAAAAAGGAAAUUUAAUAGUUUUUUAUAGAAUAGUUGACGAUAUAACAUAAAAUACUAAGUAAAUAUUUUUCCCAUCGUGGACAAAGUGUACAACUUAAAAACCUAAUUUGUUUGUUUUAGUGGACUUACUAAAUAUUAGUCUUUGCUAGUCUAGUUUACACCAUAUAUCUUUCCCUUAUGCCAACCUUCUGAUUUUGCUCUGAAGUAUUCUGCAACUUACUAUUGUAUGAUACUAGCCUCAGAGCUAGCUUUUCCAGUUUACUGAGAAUGCUUAUUAUACUCUGUAACCGAUAAAUCAAUAAAUCCUCAUUGUAAUGUGUAAACUCCCAUCUCUGUGAAGUAGUUAAAAGCAAACUGUGAAUGAACACAUGAAUCCAAAAAAGUAUGUGUGAUUAUAUUGACUCUGAAAACAUUUGACUUUCAUAGAAUACAUCAUUUAUUGUGUAGUAUAAAUUGAUUGUACUAUUGCUCAUAAUUUUUUGAAUAAUGAAUCCAGUGAAUAGUAAAAUAAUAAUGUUUGUAUCCUAGGAA